CCUUCCCCCUCCCCGCCCAGCGGCGGCCGCUCGGGCCCGGCUCUCGGUUAUAAGAUGGCGGCGCUGAGCGGCGGCGGCGGCGCGGAGCAGGGCCAGGCUCUGUUCAACGGGGAUAUGGAGCUCGAGGCCGGCGCCGGCGCCGCGGCCUCUUCGGCUGCAGACCCUGCCAUUCCCGAGGAGGUAUGGAAUAUCAAACAAAUGAUUAAGUUGACGCAGGAACACAUAGAGGCCCUAUUGGACAAAUUUGGUGGGGAGCAUAAUCCGCCAUCAAUAUACCUGGAGGCCUAUGAAGAAUACACCAGCAAGCUAGAUGCCCUCCAACAAAGAGAACAGCAGUUACUGGAAUCCCUCGGGAAUGGAACUGAUUUUUCUGUUUCUAGCUCCGCAUCAUUGGACACCGUUACAUCUUCUUCCUCUUCCAGCCUUUCAGUGCUACCUUCAUCUCUUUCAGUUUUUCAAAAUCCUUCAGAUGUGUCACGCAGCAACCCCAAGUCACCACAAAAACCUAUUGUUAGAGUCUUCCUGCCCAACAAACAGAGGACAGUGGUACCUGCAAGGUGUGGAGUUACGGUCCGAGACAGUCUAAAGAAAGCACUGAUGAUGAGAGGUCUUAUCCCAGAGUGCUGUGCUGUGUACAGAAUUCAGGAUGGAGAGAAGAAACCAAUCGGCUGGGACACUGAUAUUUCCUGGCUUACUGGGGAGGAAUUGCAUGUAGAAGUGUUGGAAAAUGUUCCACUUACAACACACAAUUUUGUACGGAAAACUUUCUUCACCUUAGCAUUUUGUGACUUUUGUCGAAAGCUACUGUUCCAGGGUUUCCGCUGUCAAACAUGUGGUUAUAAAUUUCACCAGCGCUGUAGUACAGAGGUUCCUGUGAUGUGUGUUAAUUAUGACCAACUUGAUUUGCUGUUUGUCUCCAAGUUCUUUGAACACCACCCAUUACCACAGGAGGAGACCUCCUUAGCAGAGACCGCCCUUACAUCUGGAUCAUCCCCUUCUGCAGCCCCCUCAGAGCCCAUUGGGCCCCCAAUUCUCACCAGCCCAUCUCCUUCAAAAUCCAUUCCAAUUCCACAGCCUUUCCGACCAGCAGAUGAAGACCAUCGAAAUCAAUUUGGACAGCGAGACCGGUCCUCCUCUGCUCCCAAUGUGCAUAUAAACACGAUAGAACCUGUCAAUAUUGAUGAUUUGAUUAGAGACCAAGGGUUUCGUAGUGACGGAGGAUCAACCACAGGUUUGUCUGCCACCCCACCUGCCUCAUUACCUGGCUCACUCACUAAUGUGAAAGCCUUACAGAAAUCUCCAGGACCUCAGCGAGAAAGGAAGUCAUCUUCAUCCUCAGAGGACAGGAAUCGAAUGAAAACACUUGGUAGACGGGAUUCAAGUGAUGACUGGGAGAUUCCUGAUGGACAGAUUACAGUAGGACAAAGAAUUGGAUCCGGGUCCUUUGGAACAGUCUAUAAGGGAAAGUGGCAUGGUGAUGUGGCAGUGAAAAUGUUGAAUGUGACAGCACCCACACCUCAACAGUUACAGGCCUUCAAAAAUGAAGUAGGAGUACUCAGGAAAACACGACAUGUGAAUAUCCUACUCUUCAUGGGCUAUUCCACAAAGCCACAGCUAGCUAUUGUUACCCAGUGGUGUGAGGGCUCCAGCUUAUACCACCAUCUCCACAUCAUCGAGACCAAAUUUGAGAUGAUCAAACUUAUAGAUAUUGCACGGCAGACUGCACAGGGCAUGGAUUACUUACACGCCAAGUCAAUCAUCCACAGAGACCUCAAGAGUAAUACCUCAGAUAUAUUUCUUCACGAAGACCUCACGGUAAAAAUAGGUGAUUUUGGUCUAGCCACAGUGAAAUCUCGAUGGAGUGGGUCCCAUCAAUUUGAACAGUUGUCUGGAUCCAUUUUGUGGAUGGCACCAGAAGUAAUCAGAAUGCAAGAUAAAAACCCAUACAGCUUUCAGUCCGAUGUGUAUGCAUUUGGGAUUGUUCUAUACGAACUGAUGACUGGGCAGUUACCUUAUUCAAACAUCAACAACAGGGACCAGAUAAUUUUUAUGGUGGGACGAGGAUACCUAUCUCCAGAUCUCAGCAAGGUACGGAGUAACUGUCCAAAAGCCAUGAAGAGAUUAAUGGCGGAAUGCCUCAAAAAGAAAAGAGAUGAGAGACCACUCUUUCCCCAAAUUCUCGCCUCUAUUGAGCUGCUGGCCCGCUCAUUGCCAAAAAUUCACCGCAGUGCAUCAGAACCCUCCUUGAAUCGGGCUGGUUUCCAAACAGAGGAUUUUAGUCUCUAUGCUUGUGCUUCUCCAAAAACACCCAUCCAGGCAGGGGGAUAUGGAGAAGUAACUGAAAUUCAUGAGCCACCUGCAGAGACUCCAGGAUGGGCCAGCAGGUCUUGUUCUGAAGACAGUUGGCUGUUAGAGAUGACAGAGAAUUUGCAGCCUUCAAGUAGCCACACCGUCACGGCAGCAUCUACUCUUUAUUUCUUAACUCUUGUGUUCGUACAGUUCAUUAACAUCAAAACACAGUUCUGUUCCUCAAAUCUUUUUUUAAAGAUACAAAAUUUUCAAUGUGUAAGCUGGUAUGGAACGGAAUGGAAUUCCCUAUCCAUCAAAAGAGGACAGAAUGUUUUAGGAACCAGAAUUCUUUGCUGCCAGUGUUUCUUCUUCAACACAAAUACCACGUGCAUACAAGUCUGCCCACUCCCGGGAAGAAAGAGGAGAGACCCUGAGUUCUGACCUUUUGAUGGUCAGGCGUGAUGGAAAGAAACUGCUGCUACAGCUUGGGAGAUUUGCUAUGGAAAGUCUGCCAGUCAACUUUGUCCUUCUAACCACCAGAUCAGUUUGUGGCUGAUCAUCUGAUGGGGCAGUUUCAAUCACCAAGCACCGUUCUCUUUGCUGUUCUGGGAUGUUGUUUGUGGAGCUCUUUCCCUGGCCGCCACUGGUUAAUUAAUUUCUGAGGGAUGGAACCAAAAUGCAGCAUACCCUUUCUGCGUGGCACAUGGUUAGUCCCUGACAGAUUUUCUCACAGUGCAGUUCUCUUGUUUAAAAAGGGUGAGGGGCGAGGAGCACAUGGGGCAGAGGACAAGGGAAUGCUGCAUCUUCUUCCUGACCUCCCUGGUCUCUGGCCUCUGGCUGCCUUGUUCCCUGGGUUCUGCCUAACCACGCAGGCUGGACAGUGCUGGCACACAUCGCCUUCUUUUCUCACUGGGUCCAGCAAUGAAGAUGAGGGUUGGGGACUCGUUUCCUCCACUACGUAGCAGAUUCUCAGGAAAAUACAGUCUAAAUCUUCUCUGAGCUCUUCCAGUCACCAAGUACUUACGUGGCUACUUCGUCCAGGGCACUAAAUGCCAUGGAUAGUAUCGAAUUAAAAGCCUACAAAACUGCUUAAUAAUAGUUUUGAAUGUGAGAAAAUUAUGUAAUUUAAAUGUAAGGUACAAGUUUUCAUUUCUGAGUUUCUUCUAUUAUAUUUUUAUUAAAAUAAAAAUAAUUUUCAGAUUGAAUUGAAUUGGAAUACAAUAAUACUUCCCACCAGAAUUAUAUAUCCUUAAAAUUGUAUUUUUGUUAUAUAAUCAACUUUUAAAGAAAGAUUAUUACCCUUUUCUCUACGUAAAUAUGGGGAGUCUUAGCAUAAUGACAAAUAUUUAUAAUUUUUAAAUUAAUGGUACUUGCUGGAUCCAUACUAACAUCUUUGCUAAUAAUCUCAUUGUUUCUUCCAACUUACUUCUACAAUACAUCCUACAUCCUCUUUCUAGUCUUUUAUCUAGAAUAUGCAACCUAAAAUAAAAACAGUGGUAUCUCCA